AUGGACCAUCCUCACCGCCCGGUCGAGGCUCACAUGUGCUCGAGAAAGGGCCGGAUAGCAAGCCUCAAGGCCCAUGACCGCUUUACCGAAUUGGUCCUCAUGUCGAGGAUCCAUGACAAACGAGAUGAGAACACGCUUGACAACACCAGGACCCUUCUCGGCCAGACUUGGGAGCAAGUGACUGGCCCCAGCCAGACCAAACGCUUUGGCGAUGCUGUUUCGCAGUUUUUGCUCUCUUUUUUUGCGUUUCUUAUCCCAGGCGAUCGCAGACCUCAUUUCAGCAGCCCUUCACUAAAGCUUGCGUCGACGCUGCUCUCGGCAAGUCCUCAGAUUCCGCGUCCCGAUGGCUGUGGCCCUCCGAAACUGGUCGCAUCAGAGCCUCUGAGGCACGACAAUCAUCAGCACCUUGACUCACUAGUCGUUACAUUCGGGGAUCUACGCCGGCAAGCCCAGGCUACGCGCCAUCAAAUUCGCCGGCGCGAAUACCUUAUUCUGUGCAGUGAAAAUCAGCACCCCCCGCGCGCCAGCGCUUGCUGCCCGACAACGGCCAGUCUAGGUAGUCUAGCGGUCAACACGAGACCGACGGACAAAGACGGCAGAGCGGCAGAGCAGCAGAGCAACAGAAGGGGUAACGCUCGGACGGCGGCUGGUCUAUCCGGGCCAAACCAUUGCUCAAUCGUCAUUUCGAGGCGGACCCAAACGAUUGACCUGUCGUAUUGUGACGGUGCUUUGAGGUCAAUCAGACCGAGCUGA